AUUACAGGUCAGUGAGUUGUAGGUUAUUUAAUGACAUUUCUGCAACAUUUGGUCAACACUGAAGUUUUUGCUAGUCAACACUGAAACCAGUAACUUUUUUGCUGGUCAAUAUUGAAAUAUAUAAUUGGUCAACACUGAGAUUUUUAAUUGGUCAACACUGAAACUACUGACUUUUUUGCUGGUCAACACUGCAACACAAUGUCCUGGACCUCAAGCACAGGACUGAUGGAUUCUUUGGUGCGAGAUUAUCUUUUACAAAGAGGAUUCAACUCAGCUUUGAAAAGUUUUGACUUUGAUUCAAAGAAUGAUAAAGAAAAAGGCUUCAGGGUUGAUAAGAUCUUGCAGUACAUACUAUCCAUGGUUGCAAGUUGUGACUUGGAUUCCUUGCGUUCAUAUUGGAGCCAUCUUGACCAGAGGUUGUUCUGUUUGUUGGGGGAACAAGCACAAACAUCAACAGUCAAGAAAAUGGAAUUCAACUUGUACCGAUAUUAUAUCGUCAAUGCUUUGCAAAAUGGAAAACGAAAAGAAUGUUUUGAAUUUUAUGAAAAAAUGUCAACAGAGUUACAGAAUUUACCUGAAUGGAAAGAUUGGUUUUCCUUCCCUUUCACCCCCCACCCUGAAUCCAACAAACUUUAUUCAAACUACUUCACCAAACAAUGGUCGGAUACAUUUCUUGUCUCGCUGCAGAAUUUCCUCGCUGUCACCUUUUCAUGUCUCCCAGCACCUGACCUACUAUCAUCAUUCAAUAAAGACCAAGCCACCAUAGAUAAACUUGAAAGUGAGAAUGAAUUACUGAGGUUAACAUUAUCGGAAAUCAACAUCAACCCAGUGUUAAGAGAGGAAAAUAAAAUUCCUAAUUAUGUUCGGGGCCUUGGGGUGCCUGGAGCUCUUGUAGAAAAUGAACCUUCAACAGUUCAAACACAAAAGAAGAAAAGUGCUUUUAGUUUUCCAUCAAAGAAAACAACAACAACAACACCAACAACAACUUCACCAAAAUUAAACAAACAACUAAAAACAACCCAACAACAACAGCAACCUAAACAAUUACCAAAACAGAUUAACCCCCCCAUAAAACCCACAGCACCCAACACACAGAUUGAACAACCACCACCAACCAUUCAACCAGCAUCGGAUAACUUGAUGCAAAGGAAUAAAAAACUAUCUGGUUAUCAGAACCAAAGACGAGAGUUGUUUGGGACAAGCCGUUCAAUCGAUCUUGACCCCCAAAUAAAACCUCCUAAAUCUGACCCCCCUGCCUCUCAAUCUAACCCAACCCCUAACCUACCAAAAGAAGACCCUCGCUCCUCACCCCUGAUCCCUAAUCUUGAUCCCCCGAUAACAAAAUCCUCCUCACUCUGGCUCCAGUCGGAUCAACCUCCCGAAUCUGCAUCCAAUGAACCUUUCUUGAAGUUAAGCAAGGAUGAAUAUCAUGAUCAUCAUUCAUCCAUCAUGCAGUGCAGGUUUAAUCCCCAAGGCAACUCGAUAGCAAGCGUGGACAAAGAUGGGGUUGUAAAGAUUUGGCAAUUUGAACCUAACCCUGUCACAAUAGCCACUGUGAUGUCACGAUCACCAUUCUUAUCCUUGGAUUGGCAUACUUCUGCAACUGAUUUGGUAUUGCUUGGCUCUUCAAAUGGGACCAUCAAAAUAUACAACGCUGCAUCAAAAGUCUCCCAACAUGACGUUAAUAUAAGCGGAAACUGUCCAAGAGUGAACCAACUAUCAUGUCACCCUGGUGGGACCUCAUUCGUGACUUCUUGUAUCUCGAACGGGGGGUUUGGGGGUUACACCCCGAACACACAGGAUGUUAAUACCCCCGGAAGGGUCCAAAUAUGGGAUAUUAAUGAAAGCCAGGUCACAUUAGAUUCCAGCUUACAAGAAUGUAGUGACCGUCAUAUUGAAUGUUUGGCUUAUAGCAAGGAUGGUAACUACCUAGCAACUGGGGAUAGCAAAGGAAAACUAACAGUGUUUGAUACAAGAACAUACAAACUAAUGCAGAGCAGGCAAGCACACAGUGGUCCAAUAUACACCGUGCAAUUCUCACAAGAUGAAAGAUUUGUGUUCACACUUGGUGCUGAUGGGAAGUUCUGUGCAUGGAACCUUGCGUCCCCAAUUGAACCAACCAUCUUUCCCAUCCAUGCAUCGGCUGGUGGUCCGUUUGAGGUCACAGGGUUCAGUGGAUACAAACAAGUUCAACAACCUGGUGGGGGGAGGCUGUUUGCUUUCGAACCUAAUGGAAAUCAUGUGAUGACUUGUGAUGGACCAUCUGCUGUGGUGUAUGAGGUCAAUAUAAGUCUGGGAACACUGAAAAAGGUUCUCACAUUGGUUGACCAUCGUAGCCCAGUGUUGAGUUUAGAUUGGACAUCUGCGUUGAAGUGUGCGUAUUGCAUGACAGGUGGCAUGGAUGGCAAGGUUAAUGUUACAACUCUACUUAAGAAAUAAAACUUAUAAAAAAUAUUAGGUGUGGUUACUCAGUACUUAUUAACCCUGGUUCCUGACCACAAAUAAUUUAUGCUUAUUUUUUUAAGUCAUUAACAGGGGUAAGAAGCACUGAUGUAACUGUUAAAAAACUAUAUCAAAGGACUUUCGAAAUGAAAUCUGUUCUAUUUUGAAUUUAAGCUUAAAAAUCAAACUGUAUUAUAAAAGUAAUUUAAAAAUAAACAGGUCGGUUUUUACUGACAAUCUUCUUUAUGGUUGAUAAACGUAAUGCAUUAUUCUGAUUACAUAUAAUAUAUAAAUGUAUCAGAAUGUGUUUUCUUGCAAUCAAAUUUAUAAAGAUUUUUAAACUGUCAAUCUAUUUCUGUUGUGUAAUUAAAUAUGUGCAAUAAAUAUAAAUAU